GGUCAGCGCCUUCCCGGCGGCAGCAUGGCGGGUGAUGGCAGGGGCGCGGCGGCUGAGGAUGCGGGGUCGUCAGCCCCGGCCCGGGUUCUCUUCCCGCCGACUUUCAGCGUGUCCGAGAUCAAGAACAAGCAGCGGCGGCACUUCAUGUUCCUUCGAUGGAAGCAGCAGCAGAGGAAGGAGAAACUCGCCGCCAAGAAGAAGCGGAGAAAAGAGCGAGAAGCCCUCGGAGACAAAGCCCCUCCAAAAGCCAUACCAAAGACUAUUGAAAAUCAGAGGGUAUACGAUGAAACAACUGUAGAUCCCAAUGAUGAAGAGGUUGCUUUUGAUGAAGCAACUGAUGAAUUUGCACCAUACUUCAACAGACAGACAGUUCCCAAAAUUCUUAUUACAACAUCAGACAGACCUCGUGGGAGAACAGUGAGAUUCUGUGAGCAACUGUCUACUGUUAUACCUAACUCACAUGUCUACUAUCGAAGAGGACUGGCUUUGAAAAGAAUUAUUCCACAGUGUAUUGCAAGAGACUUCACGGAUUUAAUAGUCAUUAAUGAAGAUCGCAAAAUACCAAAUGGUCUUGUUUUAAGUCAUCUGCCUGAUGGCCCAACUGCUCAUUUUAGAAUGAGUAGUGUCCGGUUGCGUAAAGAAAUAAAGCGAAAAGGGAAAGAGCCCACAGAACAUGUACCUGAAGUAAUCCUGAAUAAUUUUACAACACGACUUGGCCAUUCUAUUGGGCGCAUGUUUGCCUCUCUCUUCCCACAUGAUCCUCAGUUCAUUGGAAGACAAGUAGCUACAUUUCACAACCAGCGAGACUACAUCUUUUUCAGAUUCCACAGAUAUAUCUUCAAGAGUGAGAAGAAAGUAGGAAUUCAAGAACUUGGGCCACGUUUUACAUUAAAGCUGAGGUCUCUUCAAAAAGGAACCUUUGAUUCCAAAUUUGGUGAAUAUGAAUGGAUUCACAAGCGACGAGAAAUGGACACAAGUAGAAGAAAAUUUCACUUAUAAGGGACAGCUAUCUGCCAAUUGCCCGUGCCCAGAAAUACAACUGCUUCGAACUAUGGAUUAUCUGAGACUCCUAAUGAAUGGUAAUGAUAUUGAACAGUAUCUGUCUGCGGAUGCAAACCUUAAAACUCUACAGGAGCACAUCAAGUAGGAUGCAUCUUUCUCCCUAUGUUUGUAGCUAAUCCAACAUGACGAGGACAGUGACUCUUUUCCAGUUUAGCAGGAAAAACUAUUGCAGUGUCAAAGCAGCCUGUAAUUUAGCUAUCACUGAAGAUGUGCCAUGACUGCUGCUGUGCUGUAGAGAUAGAUAACACUUUGUAACAUCAAAGACAGUAAAUAUUUUGUUUAAAGAUAUUCUCAAAAUAAAAUAUUUGUUAUACAGCUU